AUGUCCUUCCAGAAUAUCAUCCACCUGGCCCUGGACAACCCUACCUAUGUCAUUUGCGUGCAGGGCAUGGACAUCUACCUGGAUCUCCGUGGGUGUGCCCCAGAGAACUCCAAGUCCUUCACCAUCUCUGGCACUCCAGGAGUGUCAAUCCAACUGCAUGUGGCAUCUACCAUCCUGAACCUGAAAGAGCCCACAGCUCACUGGUCGCUGUCUGACCACGUAGAGGUGCGGGUGACGAUGACCUCUCCCAGCAUUGACAUGGAUGGGGAUAAGGUUGUGAUCACCUACUAUCAGCCUGAUGAGGAAGACCCUGUGGCCACGGCAGUGCUCUACCUCACAGGCAUUGCCGUCUCCCUGGAUGUGGACGUCUACCGCAAUGGGCAAGUAGAGGCUGUCAGCAACAAGCAGGCUAAGGAAAACUGGGUGUGGGGCCCCGGUGGCUGGGGUGCCAUCCUGCUUGUGAAUAGCAGUCCCACCAACGUGAACCAGAAAGCAGACGAGAAGACCAUCACGAAAGUUAUCUUUCCAGAUGAACUAAAGAACCUGUCCCCGAUGACACUGAGUGUGCAGGGUCCCCGCUGCGUUCUGAAGAGGUACCAGCUGUUACUCUACACCACUGAAGAGGAGGCAGAGAAGACUCGUGUCUACAGGCACAAAAAAGGCGAAUCUCACACCUAUGAGUUACUGUUCAAGCCUGGUGAACACUCCUACACUUUUGCCCCCCUUGAAGACAACUUGUCGGAGACCUUCUAUGUUGAAGCCACUGAGUUCCCAUCUGCCAGCUUCUCGGGCCUGAUCUCCUUUUCUGUGUCUCUGGUGGAAGUGUCUCAAGACCCGACCUUUCCAGAGACCCUGGUGUACAAAGACUCUGUUGUGUUCCGAGUUGCUCCUUGCAUCUUCAUUCCCAGCACCCAGGGACCUCUGGAGGUGUUCCUGUGCAGAGAGCUGCAGGUCCUCAAUUUCCCGAGCGGUGUGUCAAAUCUGACCGAGAAGAGUAACAGCCAGCUGACAACUGUCUACGAGGAUCCUUACCGCCUGGGCAGGUGGCUGCAGGAAGAGAUAGCCCUCUGCUAUACCCAGGCUCCUCACAAGACUGUCUCCUUGGUCCUCGACACCCCUCGCCUCCUCGUGCUGGAAGAUUUCCCCAUGAAAUAUUCACUGAGCCCGGGGAUUGGCUAUGUGGUGAGACCCACUAAUGAUCACAACGUGGCCAGCAUGGAUUGUAUCGGCAACCUGAUGGUGUCUCCGCCUGUCGACGUUGAAGGAAAGGAGUACCCCCUGGGCAGGAUCCUCAUUGGCAGCAGCUUAUAUCCCAGCAAGGACAGUCGGAAUAUGAGCAAGGCGCUCCGGGACUUCCUGUAUGCCCAACAAGUGCAGGCCCCAGUGGAACUCUUCUCUGACUGGCUGAUGGAUGGCCACCUGGACCAGUUCAUGUGCUUCAUCCCCACAGAGGCCAAGAGAGAAGGUGAAAAGGACUUCCGGCUGCUCCUGGCCAGCCCCACCUCCUGCUACAAACUGUUCCAGGAGAAAAAGGAGAAGGGCUAUGGAAGCAUGAAGCUGUUUGAAGCAUCCCAAGAGGACCAACUCCUUCGUAACAGGAGGCAGGCCUACACCAUCAACCAGCUGCUGGCCGAUGAGAACCUGAGGAAGCAGAAUGACUAUGUGCAGAAAUGCAUCGACCUGAAUCGAGGCCUGCUGAAGCAGGAGCUGGGCCUGGCAGAGCAGGACAUCAUUGACAUACCCCAGCUCUUCUGCCUGGAGCAGUUGACCAACACACCCUCCAACCAGCUGACUGACAAGCUCUUUGCAAGGCCCUACUUUCCCAACCUGCUGCAAAUGAUGGUGAUGGGCAAGCAUUUGGGCAUCCCCAAGCCUUUUGGGCCCCAAAUCCGUGGGGUAUGCUGCCUGGAGGCAAAGAUUCAGGAGUUGAUGAGGCCCCUGGAUUUCACUUGCGUUUUCAUCGACGACCUUGACUGCUACCUGACCGAUGUUGGAGAUGUCUGUCCCUGUGCCAACAUCCGCAGGACGCCCUUUUCCUUUAAAUGGUGGCAGAUGGUACCUUAA